AUGGACAUGCUCAGUCUCCCGCAAGAAAUCCUCGGUAACAUUCUAUCCUUUCUCUCGCCCGACUCCAUCAUCCGCUUCGGUCGGACUUGCAAACACGCCCACGAGUUCAUCAGUGCGCACAACCAACUCCUGUGGAAAUCGGCCUUCUUGCACAUCUUCGACGACCCCAAUGAUGCUUGGUCCUUGAUGCCGCCACCUGCCCGUCCGCAGAAGGGGUCAGGGUGGGAUUGGCAUGGGGAACUGCGGAAGAAGCUGCGGGCGUUACGGGCCAUCCGAUCGAAAUGGCGUGUCGCCGACACGCACGACGACGGCGAGGAGCACCUGGGCGCCGUCCUCAGCAUCCUCGACACGGCCAAGUUCGCCCCGACCGCUCGCGAGAUUGCCAACGGCAAGGUCCCGCUGGAGGACGACCGAUAUCUGUCGCUCAACCUCCAGGUCUUUGCAGACCUCGAUCGACAUCGAGAUGGGCUGGAGAACCUCAUCCACGACUCGGGAUUGCCUGGGCGGAUGAUGUAUUCGGGCGCGGACGGGAACCCGUGGAACUCUCCGACACGACCAGUCACACGGUCGAUGAGUUACGACGACCAGCAGAAAAGCCGGCCGGAGUCGGCGUCGCGACUGCACGUCCUGUACGGGCUCACGGUCCGCGAGCGCAUCACUCACAAGGCGCGUGGUGCCGCUCGUCGCAUGGCGUACGACUGGAGUCGUGUCGGGCCGGACAACGAAUAUGGCCCGUGGAAACGCGACGGCACCGGGCAGGUCGACUGGCCACUGCUGGAGGGCGUGUGCAGUGUGAUCGCGCGCAACUUUGAAAUGUGCGUCGAGGGCCACAUCACCAUGCCUCAAGGCUUAAGCUUCUCCAUCCCCCACCGCUCCUUGGUCGACCCGACCAAGCCAACAGACUGGGCCCGAGUCACGGGGACCUGGCUGGGCACAUAUUCCUUCCUCGACUACGCCGACCUCUUCGCCUUCAACACGUGGGCCGGCCAGCUCGGAGCUCGGCCCACGCUGGACGACACGCCUGAGGCUUGCGGAGAGUUGAUGAAGCUGGACCUCCAGCUCAACGACGAUAUUUCCACAGACCCGCGCCUGCAGACCUCCCUCCCUACCUGUCCAGACCUGCCCAAGCUGUUCUUCUCCGGCAUAUCGCGAUCACACGUCGGCAUCCAACGGCCUGCCAUCGCCGUCCGCGGCUUCGCAUGCCUUGCACCUAGCGGGAGAGAGGUACGAUGGCGGUUUAUCAUCGCCUAUGGAGGUCAAGACCAGUGGCAGCUCGAAGGGAUCCAGCCCGGCGGCAUCAGAUCAGGAGGGGUGUAUGGCCUCUGGUCGCAGUGUGACCAUGAAGUCAACGGCCCCGUUGGCCCGUUUUGCUAUUUUCCUGCCGAACUGUGCAAGUCCACCAGCGUGAUAUUGCUGGCUUGA